AUGACUUUCCUCGUUGCCCAAACUGAUCAUGGAGUACAAGUGGACAGCAAAAAGGAAAAUUCUGAUGGUGUAUUUGUUGUCCCUAGCAAUAAUGCAUUUGGCAAUUCAUUCAGGAAUUAUAGUGCAGAGACUGAACGCCAAAAGAUAGUGCGUGAACUCUAUCGUCAGAGUCACAUUAACCAAACAUAUGAUUUUGUGAAAAAGAUGAGAGAAGAAUAUGAAAAGGUGAAUAAAGUGGAAAUGAGCAUAUGGGAAUGUUGUGAACUUUUGAAUGAAGUUGUGGAUGAUAGUGAUCCUGAUUUGGAUGAACCACAAAUUGAGCAUUUGUUGCAAACUGCUGAAGCUAUUAGAAAGGAUUAUCCUAAUGAAGAUUGGUUACACUUAACUGGCCUAAUUCAUGAUCUUGGCAAAGUUCUUUUGCUUCCUAGCUUUGGAGGGCUUCCUCAGUGGGCUGUUGUUGGUGACACAUUUCCCCUUGGUUGUGCUUUUGAUGAAUCAAUUGUGCUUCAUGAGCAAUUAAAGGGAAAUCCUGAUAACAACAAUCCAUCUUACAACACAAAAUAUGGAGUUUAUUCUGAAGGAUGUGGGCUUAAUAAUGUGGUGAUGUCUUGGGGCCAUGAUGACUAUAUGUACUUGGUGGCUAAAGCAAAUAAAACUACUCUUCCAUCUGCUGCAUUGUUCAUCAUCCGAUAUCAUUCCUUCUAUCCUCUGCAUAAGUCAGGGGCAUAUACUCACUUGAUGAAUGAGGAGGAUCAUGAAAACCUGAAAUGGCUUCAAAUCUUCAGCAAAUAUGAUCUGUAUAGCAAGAGCAAUGUUAGGAUUGAUGUGGAGAAAGUGAAACCUUACUACAUGUCCCUCAUUGAGAAGUAUUUCCCAGCCAAAUUGAAGUGGUGAAAUCUUCUAAUUAGAGCAGCUAUGAAACAAGAUGCUUGUGGAUACAAAACAACAAGAUUCAGGAACUAGUUAUGGGAUUUUAUUUGUGCAUUUUUUUUCCUUUUUCUUGGGGUGGGUUGGGGUAGGGUAUGGUGUUCCAUUAUGCUGUUCCUAAUGUUUCAUAAAUAAAAGAGUUUAUUUGUUGAAAA